AUGUCUCUACAAUUUGGCAGCACCUUGCUGUUUGCUGUUCUGAUCAUCUUUCUCACCUACUACAAUCAAUCUCGUUUGCCAUCAAAUUUACCAGUGCCAAACAGUAUUGGUGCACCUGUUGAUUAUUUAUUUAGAGAGGAUCGAGCAUUGAAAACUCUCGGCAUUCUCUCCACUACUAUCGGACCAAAAGUUGUUGGUACUCUGCAAGAGAAACAAGCUUUUGAAUUUGUUAGAGAUGAAUUGAGUACGAUUGUACAUAGUGAAUGGAAAAUGAAAUUGGAAAAUUGUGAUGAGAUGAAUGUGAAUGUUAAUGGUCAGGAUGAAGAGUUUGGAUUAAAGAGGUUUAUUAGAAAGGAGGGAAAUAUUAAUAGUAUGAAAAUCAAGAGAUGUCAACUUGUUGGGAAUAAUCAUAAGAUUACCCUUGAUCAACAAUUUAUUUCUGGUGAUGGAUACAUUGAUAUUUUGAAGAGAAAACUGUUUACUUCCUACCAAAAUUUGACUAAUUUAAUUGUUAGAAUUGAUCCAAAUCAAGAUAGAUCGGAUAAUCAUGGUUUAUUGGUGUCAAGCCACUUUGACAGUGGUGUGUCUUCACCUGGAUUCUAUGAUGAUGGUAUUCCUGUUGUUUGUAUGAUUGAAUCAUUUAGAAAUAUUGUGAAAAUGAUUAGAGAUGGAAAGUUAGAAUUGAAAAGAAGUGUUAUUUUCUUGUUUAAUGGUGCUGAAGAAACUGGACUAUUGGGAGCUGAAUCAUUCAUGUAUCAUCCAUAUUCUAGGGAUGUAAAAUACUUUUUAAAUUUAGAGGCUGCAGGAUCUGGUGGAAAAGAGGUUGCUUUCCAAAUAGCUACAGAAUUCUUGGCUAGACAUUUCGCCAAGUCAACAGUGAGGGCUAGUGGAAAUGUCAUAGCUCAAGAUAUUUUCCAAUCAAAUAUUAUUCCAUCAGCAACUGAUUAUCAUGUAUAUUCUUCAUUUGGAAUGCAAGGAAUUGAUGUUUCAUUCUACAAGAAUGGUUAUGUUUAUCAUACAUCAAAGGAUUCUUCAUCUUCUUAUGAAAAGGGAUCUAUUCAGCAUAUGGGUGAUAAUGUCCAAUCAUUUGUAACCCACUUCUCAAAUAUCACUGAAAAUGACUCUGAUCCAAAGACAAACUUUGUCUAUUUUGAUCUUUUUGGAUUCAAUAUGAAUGUUUUUGACAUCAAUACUCUCAGACUGAUUAACGUUUCAGUCAUUGUAAUAUCUAUUACUCUGUUAAUUAUUCCAUUGAUCAAAGGAGGUGCCGUAGCCUUGUACCAUAGAGUGUUGGCCUUAUUUUUAAUAUUCCUCUUUUUACUAUUUGCUAUUGGAAUUAAUAUUACUUUAACAAUUGGAUUAAUGAGAUUGGGAUACGAUAUGCUCUAUUUUGCCUAUCACCCAAUGUUCUCUUUGGUUCUUUAUGGAUCAGUAGUAGUGACAACCUUCACUCUUGGUUUUUGGACAACCAACAAGUUUAUCAUUGCCUUAUCCACUGAAAUCAUGGCAGAAUCAAUUCUAAUUCUCUACACUUGUAUUUUGACACUUUUCACAAUUUUCAACAUUGCUUCUGGAUAUCUUUUCUUGGCUGUCACAAUAUUCUUAUUAUUGGGCACUUAUUUCAACAAGGUUUACCUUGAUUUUUCCUUGAUAGGAUUGGCAUUUUUGAGUCCUAUUUUGAACCAAGUUAUUGACAUGUUUAUUCCAAUUACUGGAAGACUUGGAAAGGCCGUUCAAGUUGAUUAUAUUGCCCUUAUGUUGUGUAGCAUUGCUGUAUUCUUAAUAUUGACAACAUUGUUACCAGUUCUUGUUAGACAAAUCUCUGGAAAAACUGUUUUACUAUUAAUUUUGGGAACUAUCAUCACCUAUGCAUAUCUUAUUUUGGGUAAUAAUGGCAAAGCAUUUACCGAGGCACAUCCAAAGAGAACUUCUAUACAACAUACCUUCUUAAUGGCAAGUAAUAAUUUGAAUGAUUGGGAGCAGCUCUCUCAAUAUAUUAUGAUUGCAGGAGCAGAUUCAUCUAAGGAGGAGGAAAUAACUGAUGUGUUGGGCAAGAGAUUUAAUUUUGAAAGAAGUCAUGACACUUUAGAACCACAAGUUGUCAGAAGUGUAAUUAAUCCAAGAACUCACAAGAAGCCAUAUCUUAUUACCGAAACUACAGAUAGUUUACCACGUUAUAUUACCCCUAAAAUUUUCAUUACAAACAAGGUCCAUGAAAAAGGAAGAAUUGAGUUUAGUAUCCUCUUCCAUGAAAAGAUUUAUCAUAGUGGAAUAUUCCUCUAUUCAGAUCAUGAGAUUGUAGAGUCAUCAUUCGAUACCAAUACAUCAUUCGGAAGAGUUGUUCAAACAAAUACUGAUUCUCAAUAUGAGUUUGAAUAUAACUUUUGGGCAUUAUUUGGAUACAAUAGAGAUAGCUCUUUAAUGAACCAAAAUCAAAAAUCUUUCAAGUUUUGGAUUGAGUUCAAGCAAAAUCCACAAAAAGAUUUCAAAUUGCGAGUUACACUCAAGAAUACCUUCCUCGCAAAUACAUAUUCUCUUGCAGAGUUGGAGACAGAGUUAGAGUCACUCCCUUGGUCUGAACAUAUUUCUACAACCCAUUCUGUCAUGGAUUUCCAAAUUAAUUAG